AAUAACGUAGUAUAUAUGAAGACAGAGGGACCCAAAAUUAUUGUACUGAGAAAAUUGUGGUUGGACUGUUUCUAGAAGUCAAAUCGCUGACACUAAGGCUGAGGCCAAUAUAAAUUUUAGCCAUUAUGAGCAUAGACAAUGAAAAAUUAAUGUUCUUGCUAUUAUCUCACAGCAACCAUUAUGACUUCUCCUUUGUUUCAACAUUCAGAUUGGGGCACGUUGAAGGAGCCUUCGGAGAUUUUGUUUGAAUCAUUUUCAAGCAAAGGUAUUGAUCAUGAUUAUGACCCUUUUCAUGACUAUCUUUCCUUUGAUAUGAUUGACUACUCAAGGGAUCCACGGGAACCAUGUGAAGUGAUUGAAGUGCAAACUAAGAAGUCUUAUGUUGGGGUGAGGAAAAGACCAUGGGGAAAAUUUGCAGCAGAAAUCAGAGACACAACGAGGAAAGGUGUGAGGGUGUGGCUUGGAACGUUUGAUAGUGAAGAGGAAGCUGCUUUGGCUUAUGAUCAAGCUGCAUUUUCCAUGAGAGGCUCCAGUGCAGUGCUGAAUUUUCCUGUCAAAAGGGUCAAAGAGUCUUUACAAGAGAUGAAUUAUUCAGGUUGCAGGAAAGGGUGUUCUCCUGCAUUAGAACUCAAAGCGAGGCACAAUAUGCGACGAAAAUUGUCAUCAAAGGCUAAGAAAAGUAAAGGGAAACAAGAAUUGGAGGAAUCAAGUGUUGUGGUGCUAGAGGACUUGGGAGCUGAAUACUUAGAGGCACUUCUUAGCAUAUCGGAUCAAAGUGCAAGCUCUUGAUGUUUAAGUAAAAGAGAAAUUCUAUGGUAUAAUUUGUUGUUGUUGUUUGGACACUCUUUUCUUCUGUUCCACUUGAGCCCAAAAAUGACUGUAUAAAAUACCUUAAAUUUCUCUUGAUACUAUAUAUCAACUCACUUGAAUAAAUUUGUUCUGAUGAGAUUUACUCUUCUUAUGUUGAAGCUUCUCUCAUGCUUCCUAUUCUUCUUUUUUUCCUUUUCUCCAACACCAUUUCAUGGCCUUUGAUCCUUUUAAAGUUACAAUACCUUAAGAGGGCAAACCCAAAGUACAUGGAAAGGCUUUCAAAAUAUAUUUGUUUGUUGUUAUAUAUAUUGCAUAGUUUCAAAAAUUUAAAGAUAAUUGUCUGUUGUGAAUCCUGGAUAAUCUCUUAAACUCAUGCAUUCAAGGCCAAGAGAUCGAAAUGGAGUCUAACAAACUUUUGCCCGUCGGUGUGUCAUCUGCAUUCCUGACUCGAUAAUUUAUAAAGAGCACAGAUUAUGUAUUCAAUAGCCAACAGUCAAAAAUGGUAAAAUAAAUUAA